GGAAGCCGAAGUGAAAAGGGCAUUAUAUGUGACUUGCCAAAUGUCAGCCCUUUAACUCGUUAAACCUUUUUCCUGUGCAGAGAAACUGCAGAUGUUUCUUGUAGUGUAUGUUGCAGUGAUAGACCUGUAUUUUAGGAAUUGCGCCUCCUUCUCACCUUUCUGCAGCCAACAAAACGCUGUACUUUUAUUAAAUACCAGCAGUGUAAAUUUAACCCUGUAUUCAUAGCUAGAUACUGAGUACUUCUAACGCGUGAUUCCUUCUUUGAAUACACAUUGUGGAGCUGAACUUCAUCACCCAAUCAGACUACCUAUUAAUAUCUGCACUAUAAAUUUACUCUCUGCACAUCCAUUUGAUUUUUGCGCUGUCCAUCCCGUUUGUUAUAUAAAAUGCUUGGGAUCUAAGCUGCAAAGGGGAGUCAUCUACUUUCACGCUCGAGAUACAGUCUCACUACGGAGGAGUGCAUUUAAUGAAUGGCUUGGUAAAGACAGGUCACAGAUCGAGGAGCCCAGUUCUGACAAUAUGAAUUUGGGAACUGUAACUAGAGACUCCAACUUGUAACCACCCUGGCACUGAAAUCGGAAAAAAGGAUCUCAGCACUUGGCAGGCUGGGGUAGGUGCAGCCUCUGUAAUCAAUAUCACGUUGCAUUCAGUCUCCAACAGACAGGGGGAAAUGAUCCGAUAGACAAAAUCAUGGCAACGUCAAAUGUUUUGUUUCCCCGCGAUCAACCUCAGCAGUAAUUCACCUUAGGGUUCUUUGGACGAAGCAAAAAACAUAGACGUUGUCGAAUUUUGACUCAGAAAGGAACAUAGAGGGGAUCAAUUAAACGGAAAAGAAGAUUUAGAAGUAAAACAGUGGGUGAAGCUGGGAAGCUCGGUGGGGUUGACUGUUCGGCACUGCUUAGUACAGGGUGAGUGCGCAACAUACAGGAUGGUGCUGAAAGGGGUAUUGAUCCGGGAGCUGUCCAUGGUACCAUCUCUGGCGCUUUGCUUGGCUCUACUAACUGCUUUUGUCGGAGCCCAAAAUGACACAGAGCCCAUCGUCUUGGAAGGAAAAUGUCUUGUUGUUUGUGACUCAAACCCUACAAGCGAUGGCAAAGGAUCUUCUUCUUCCCCCUUAGGGAUCUCUGUCCGGGCUGCUAACUCAAAGGUUGCUUUCUCAGCCGUUCGGAGCACAAACCACGAACCUUCAGAGAUGAGCAACAAAACUAGGAUUAUCUACUUUGAUCAGAUUCUGGUGAAUGUGGGCAACUUCUUUACCCUGGAAUCUGUUUUUGUUGCACCAAGAAAAGGAAUCUACAGCUUCAACUUUCAUGUAAUUAAGGUUUAUCAGAGUCAGACUAUUCAGGUCAAUCUGAUGCUAAAUGGUAAGCCAGUAAUUUCUGCUUUCGCAGGGGACAAGGAUGUCACUCGAGAAGCUGCAACUAAUGGAGUUCUACUAUAUCUAGACAAGGAGGAUAAAGUUUAUUUGAAAUUGGAGAAGGGCAAUCUUGUCGGAGGAUGGCAGUAUUCCACAUUUUCUGGUUUCUUGGUCUUCCCUCUUUAAAAAAAAGUAAUAAUAAUAAUAUUGAAUUUCUUCCAGGUAUGGACUGGCAUUCCCUUUUGUUUAUCUGACGAUCAUUUUACCAUCCUUGGAUUAAUGUGUUUUAUUGGUUUCUCAUGAGUAAAUGUGGACUAUAUGCUAAAGCAUUUCAGAUCUUUUGGAAUAAUGGCAAAAUGUCAGUUUGUGUUAAAGAAUUGCAUUUGGACGUUUUCCUUCAAAUAACAAUGACUCCAUUUCUCCUUAGUGUUACAUCUGAAUCUGUUAGCCUCCUGUAUCUAGAUGCCUUGUGCACAGGACAUGGCCUUGUUUUGGAUUUGAAGGCUUGACAAUUACAUUUGCUCAUUGACAUAUCCCUGUUGUUAUGUUUUUUAAAGCAGCUACCAUCUGUAGAUUACUGUUGAAGUACUGUAUAUUGACUUACAUAUGCAUUUCUCUAUAUUUGCCUUCAGAGAUGUGAAACAUUCAAAGUCUACAUGUAAAUGAUAAAAGUGCAUUUGUAGGUAUUUUCAGCAGGUACCAUUGCUUUUCCACAUAUCUCUGUAAUUACUCAAGAAGAAGACACACUGUAUAAUUAUUAAGGAACAAAAUAGUACGUUGAAUUCAAAGCUAACAUCUUAGAUAGCAUAAACAUUGUAAGAGUUAAUAUUUUGUCAAGUUAAAACUGCAGCUGUUAAGGUUUUGUACAGGUCCUUCAGAGAUAAUUACAUGUUUUUUUUUGAAAAUCUAGAAAAUCAUGAAGAAUAAAUCAAAAUACAUUGA